CAGUCAGCUGGCCUCUACAGCCACGCCGCCUGUUCUUGAAAGUGCACUCUCCAUCGUUGCUAAUCGUUGCACCUCUCGUACCUACGAUACCCGCCCAUCAUGGAUAAAUUCGCGGCCUUCGGAAAGAACAUAAGUUCUACGUUCAACUCGACCGUCUCGCCCUUCGCACAACGGAGCCAACAGUAUCUCAAGGAACAAUUUGGAGGAGCGGACGACAAAACCGAACUACCGGUGGAUUACACCGAACUUGAGAAGCGCGUCGAGGCGCUGAAGCAAGUUCACCAGAAGCUCCUCGCGGUUACGAGCCAGUAUUCGAACGAGGCUUAUGAUUAUCCUCCCAACAUCCGUGAAUCCUUCACCGAUCUCGGUCGCAGCAUUUCAGAAAAGGUUACCCUUCUUUCUCAUGCAAAGAACACUUCGGAAGCUCAAGCUGCAAUCACUGCUCCUCCCUCCGCAAAACCUCAGCCCAAGACCUUCAACCAUGCCAUCGCCCGUGCUUCGCUAGCCGGCUCGCAGCAGCUACAACAGACCAACACUACCGGCGCCGAAGACCCACUGGCCAAUGCGCUGGAGAAAUAUGCCCUGGCUGAAGAGAAGGUCGGAGAAGCCCGACUGGCACAAGACCAUGCCAUUCAGUCGCGCUUCCUUGCUGGUUGGACCACCACGUUGAACACGAACAUCCAGUUCGCAACAAAGGCCAGAAAGGCAGUUGAGAACAGCCGUCUGCUAUUGGACAGCACAAAGACCGCGAAGAAGAGUCAGGUCAUCGGCCGAGGAAUGAACCCAGAUGACGAGACCGCCUUGGGCGAAGAGGCACGAGCCGAGAUUGAAGCCAAGGAAGAUGACUUUGUGUCACAUGUCGAAGAAGCACAGGGAGUGAUGAAGAAUGUCCUUGAUACCCCAGAACCACUCCGAAACCUCGCCGACCUCAUUGCAGCCCAGCUUGAAUACCACAAGAAAGCAUACGAGAUCCUGUCCGAGCUCGCCCCGGAGAUUGACCAGCUCCAGGUUGACCAGGAGAGUAGCUAUCGCAAGAGCAGAGAAGGUGCUUGACCAACCCAUUAUUGUGGCUGGGAAGAGGAUGCAUACGCGAAUGGGAGGCUGAGUUCGGUCCUAUGCUCUUGAAGUUGGGUCUCUUUCACACUUCAGAAAUGAGACGACGAUGACCAUAAAUUGUUUGAUUCAAUGCCAGUGUCCCAAUCAUGACGAUCAUUCGCGAAAUAAAUAGCUAUACAUGUAGUAGAAAUGUGUGCUUGUAAACUCCCAAUCAAUGUUGAUGCUGUUGAUGCUUU